AUGGCGGACGACGCCCAGCAUGAGCACACCUUUGAAUCCGCCGAUGCCGGUGCUUCAGCCACCUACCCUAUGCAAUGUUCGGCCUUGAGAAAGAACGGUUUCGUUGUCAUCAAGGGCCGCCCAUGCAAGAUUGUUGAAAUGUCCACCUCCAAGACUGGCAAGCAUGGUCAUGCAAAGGUUCACUUGGUUGCCCUCGACAUCUUCACUGGCAAGAAGCUGGAAGACCUUUCUCCAUCCACCCACAACAUGGAAGUUCCCAACGUCACCCGCCGUGAAUACCAGUUGCUUGAUAUCACGGAUGACGGUUUCUUGUCCCUCAUGUCCGACGACGGCACCACCAAGGAUGAUGUCAAGAUGCCGGAGGGUGAAGUGGGCGAAAAGAUCGAGAGACUUUUCCGUACUGAAGAGAAGGAUACCAAUGUCAUUGUCUUGACCGCCAUGGGAGAGGAAUGUGCCAUGGAUGCCAAAGAGGCCCCCAAAUAA